GCAACUCGCACGUCCGACACACUCGUUCGGCGGCUCCGCUUUUCAAGUGACGUCAUUUUGCAGAAAACGCUCAAACAUGGUCACGCAAAUUUCAGCGUUUUUAAUUGCCAGUCUCUUCGUCCUCAACAAGGUUUCGGCGCAGGACGAAGAAUCGACGUGUGGCGAUCGGAUGCGGCGGCUGCGCGAGUUUUACUGCGUGUCCAACUGCAUCGGCCUGUCCAGCCCGGAAAAGACGGCGUCGGCCAUGUUGUCCGGACGCACCAAGGCCGUCAACGUCGGCUUCAACUGCUCCGCGCAAGAGUUUUCCGGUCCGAAAGUGGGCGUUUGCUGCCAGAGUUUCCCGAAUCUGCUGCUGUCCGAGGCGUCCGUGAGGACCGACUGCGUCAAAAAGAACACGAUGAAGUCGCAAGACUUGGAAAUGGCCCACAACGAAUACAUUUUCAACAAGUGGCAGGGCGACGCGAACACGAUCGAGCUGGAAAAGGCGGCCAAAGUGAACAACUUGGACAAGAUUAUCCAAUACAUGGAGUGCCUUUUCCUGGCCGAAGUUUCUGUCGCCAAGUUCAAAUUGAUGUCUCCGGAGGGGAAGAUCGAUGGGGACAAGACGGACGCGGCCUUCAAAGCGGCCCUUCCGGCCACGGCGCCAAAACCGUACACGGAACUUUUCACCCGCAUCAUCCCCAACUGCACCAGCAGCGUCCAACUGACGUUUCCGGUGAGUUCGAUCCAAGUGAACAACAAGACGGUGCAGGCGGCGCCGUUUCUCAUCACGCAGUGCUUGCGCAAGUGGAUCAUAAUGGAAUGUCCGAGCGCCAGUUCGACGGUGAGCAAAGCUUGCCAGGACACGCGCACCAACGUCAAGAAUUGCGACUUUUACAUGUGAAUUCUGGCAAAAAUUACAAUUGGGUUUUUCAAAUAAAGGAGAAUUUAUUUCGCAAA